AUGGCUCUUUCCAGCUCAUAUUUCCUCUUCUUCACCAUCAUCAUCAUACUAAUUUCCUUUCCGGUUACGCACUCUCAUUCUUCCAACGAAAAAUUUAACGAUUUCUUGUCUAAAUUUUGUUUUACAGGUCCAAGUUAUAUGGGGUUUGUGGCCAACGCGACGGAGUUCCCAUCAGAAGACUAUUACGACUACAUCGUUGUGGGAGGUGGCACCGCCGGCUGUCCACUGGCGGCGACAUUGUCGGAGAAGUACCGAGUUCUACUCCUUGAAAGAGGCGGUGUUCCAUAUGGAAGACCUAAUUUGAUGACCCAAGAAGGCUUUCUCACUGUAAUUACAGAUGUUGAUGAUUUUGAGUCCCCUGCCCAAGCCUUCGUCUCCGAAGAGGGAGUUCCAAAUGCCAGAGGUCGCAUUCUUGGUGGAAGUAGUGCAAUUAAUGCCGGUUUUUACAGUAGGGCUGAUCAAGAUUUCUACACUAGGUCGAAAUUGAAUUGGGAUUUGCAAGUUGUAAAUCAAUCUUAUGAAUGGGUUGAGAAGGCUAUUGUGUUUAGGCCGGAACUCAAGAAUUGGCAGUCGGCUGUCAGGGAUGGGUUAGUGGAGUCCGGCAUUGAUCCCUUCAAUGGGUUCACUUUGGAUCAUGUUAUUGGUACCAAGAUUGGUGGCUCCACCUUUGAUACCUCUGGCCGCAGAUAUAGUGCUGCUGAUCUUCUCAAUUUUGCAAAUCCUUCAAACAUUCACGUGGCCGUUUAUGCAAGUGUGGAGAGAAUUCUGCUAGCUCCAUCCGCAGAUUAUUCUCCGUCUAAGCAGGCUGCUACUGGUGUAGUUUUUAGUGACCAAUCUGGGCGCUAUCACCACGCCAUGCUGCGUGGAAAAGGUGAAGUUUUAGUAUCUGCAGGAGCUCUUGGUAGCCCACAGUUGCUUCUCUUGAGUGGUGUUGGUCCAAGGCCUUACUUAUCUACAUGGGGUAUACCAGUUGCUCACCAUUUACCUUAUGUGGGGAGGUUUCUGUUUGAUAAUCCAAGAAAUGGUAUCUCAAUUGUGCCACCGAUGCCACUAGAACACUCUUUGAUUCAAGUUGUGGGGAUCACUAAUUCGGGGGCUUACUUGGAGGCUGCCUCUAAUGUCAUUCCAUUUGCUUCCCCUGCUAGCUCCCUUUUUAUCAGAACUUCCCCGUCUCCAGUUUAUCUUACAGUGGCCACCCUCAUGGAAAAGAUUGUUGGACCGGUUUCUUCUGGUUCACUUAGAUUGGCAUCAACAGAUGUUAAACUGAACCCUAUUGUUCGAUUCAAUUACUUCAGCAACCCGGAAGAUGUAGAGAGGUGUGUGAAUGGGACCCGAAAAAUAGCACAAGUGCUGAGAAGCAGAACAAUGGAGAUUUUCAAGUUUGAUCAGUGGUUUGGCAGUAGGGAUUUUAGGUACGUUGGUCCUGCUUUGCCUGUUGAUGAGUCAAAUGAUGAACUUAUGAAGGAGUUCUGCCAUGAGACAGUGAGUACCAUUUGGCACUAUCAUGGUGGGUGUGUUGUGGGGAAGGUAGUUGAUCAAAAUUUGAGAGUGCUUGGGAUUGAUGGCCUGAGAGUUGUUGAUGGUUCAAUAUUCAGAGUGUCACCAGGGACGAAUCCCCAGGCUACUCUUCUCAUGCUUGGGCGGUAUGUUGGUAUGGUGAUGCUCAGGGAGAGGUUCAGAUAGUCGCUGUUAUGU